GUAGCGGGACGCUUGAAUACUGCGCAAGAAGGCGGUGAGCGGCCGUCCACCCGUCCCACGUUUCGUUUUCGCUCAGCCAAUUUUUCUGUGCUGUGAACCGACCAGAUCAGAUGGGACAGCAAGCAUUGAACAUCCUAUUGACUCGCCCAUCUUUUGAUCACUCUCCUGGCAGGCAAGGUCGCAUUUUAUUCACACCCCGAUUCUCACCCUGCUUCUUCUUUGACUGAGCCCAAACACCACACUUCUCAAAGUAUCGGAGUGGCACAUCUGAAAAUGGCAGUUGGCUCGGUCCUAGUUACUGGUGGUACCGGCUAUAUUGGUUCUUUCACUACCCUUGCUCUCAUCGAGGCUGGCUACAAGGUUGUCAUCGUCGACAAUGGCUACAACUCCUUCGGCGAGGAGGUUGUCAACCGAAUCGAGAUAUUGACCGGCACUCGGCCUGCAUUCUACAAUGCGGAUCUCACUGACGAGGCCGCCAUUGACAAAGUCUUUGAUGAGAACCCUGACAUUGACAACGUCAUCCACUUCGCUGCCCUCAAGGCCGUCGGAGAGUCUGGCAAGAUUCCGCUAGAGUAUUACCGUGUCAACGUAUACGGCAGUUUAUGUCUGCUCCGCUCUAUGGAGAAGCACAGUGUUACCAACAUUGUCUUCUCCUCCUCUGCAACUGUCUAUGGUGAUGCAACUCGCUUUCCUAACAUGAUUCCCAUCCCGGAGACUUGUCCGUUGGGACCUACAAACACAUAUGGCGAUACCAAGGUCACGGUCGAAAAGAUGAUUGGGGCCUGGAUCAAUGCCAUGCGCAACAAGGCGGCUGAGAGUGGUGCGAACGGAGACAAGUACAAUGCCGCUCUUCUGAGAUACUUUAACCCUGCAGGCGCUCACCCGAGCGGCAUCAUGGGCGAAGAUCCACAGGGUGUGCCCUACAACCUGCUUCCGCUCCUAGCCCAGGUGGCUACUGGUAAGCGAGAGAAGCUGCUGGUAUUUGGUGACGACUAUGCUUCGAAAGAUGGAACGGCGAUAAGGGACUACAUCCAUAUUCUUGACCUUGCAAAUGGCCACUUGGUCGCUCUGAACUACCUUCGUGAACGCAAUCCUGGCGUCAAAGCUUGGAAUCUUGGCACCGGCCGUGGUUCCACGGUCUUUGAGAUGAUCAAGGCGUUUGGCGCAGCUUGCGGCAAGGAUCUACCAUACGAGGUGGUUGGCCGCAGAGAUGGCGAUGUUCUCGACCUGACUGCCAACCCCACACUGGCCAAUACUGAACUUGGCUGGAAGGCCCAACACACUCUCGAGGAUGCUUGUGACGAUCUGUGGAGGUGGACUAGCAACAACCCCCAAGGUUAUCGCCAGCAGCCUCCAAAGGAAUUGCUUGAUGCUGUAAAGAAGCAGAAAUGAGUUUGUCGCAAAAUUGACGACCUAGCGUUGUUUGUGGCACCUAUUUGAUUUAAAUAGAGAAACAGAGGCAAGACUAUCGUACACGGUCGAAAGGGGAGGGGUUUGCUUUUCCAGAGAAAAGGCUUUAACAAGCCACGAUUUCGCCUGUAGAAUCUCGAUAGACUAGUCAAUGCAACAGAAAAGACGUCGACGUCACAUUAAUGCUAUCAAUCCAUAUCA